AUGUUUUGGGAGCCACUUCAGGAGAGAAGGGACUACAUUCUAGAGCAAAUUAAGGAGUUACCCCUUCGUUUAUUCUCCGUUGGAAAAGAGGCUAUCGAUGGAUACCGUUUGCUCAGCUUUCGACGAAACCAAUGGCUCAGCACGACAGCCAUGAUAACAACAAUGAAAGUGUUGGCUGAGAAGUACACUGACGUCGGUGUGGUGAGUCCCUCCUUUCGCGAGCCGAAGGAACCCGACCGAAAGAGAAUAGUCGCAAAUGCUUAUAAGGCAUUCACACCCACCAAGAGCAAGUUGAUUGGGGCGCUAAACUACGAUGGAGCACACUGGGUAGCCUUCUUCAUUGACGUGGGGGAUCGGGUCUGCAUACUCUUUGAUCCACUACAAGAGGAUAUGAACUACGCAAAAAUUAAAGCAAGCAUCAAGGAAGUGGUGGAGCCUCUGUUGCCUGUAAAUACCGAGCUGACGUACGACAACUACACUUCGUGCUUUCAGCAGGACAGCGACAACUGUGGAUUGUGGUGCCUCAUUGUUCUUGAGCUAAGUUUAACUGGUAUGCCAUGGCACAAGGGAUUGUACAAGCUGGUCCCGUAUCUGCGACUGCGUUUCCUGAGCCUGUGCUUGGGCUACGUUGAGGAAAAGCGAUAA